GCAUUGUUGUACGUGUAUAUCAGCGAGAACUAGUCUGACUUCACUGACACCCGGCCCCACGGCUAUGACAGACCUGCAGGAAGGUCGAUGACGACAACAUGGAUGCAGUGUUGAGCGAAGAAUCGCUUAAACAGGAACUUGAGACAUUUCCAUCAACCUUUGAUUUUAAUUUGAAGAAUCUGACCAAGGACCGUGUAAAAAACACCAUAAGGAAAUUAGAGGAUGACCGGGACAACACAAGAAAGCUUGAAACUUAAGAUAUACAGAUAAGUAACUUUCUGUCGUAUUUGUAUUUCCUGUUGGGAGAUUAUGAACAUGCACGUGAACACAUUGAGGAAUCUCUGCAAAAAGAUCCUGAUAAUAUCAUAGCAAACACAAAUAAAGCCAGAAUUCUGUUAGAAGAAGGGGAAAUCUCUGAUGUUAAUGAUAUAAUAACAAAACUUCAGAUAUUGAAAGGAAGAGAGGAUUUCGACAGGAGGAAAUGCUAUGCGGAAGCGGAUCUUGCGUACGCGUAUUCGCGGUCGGGUCCUUGGUAUCACCAAAAGGCGGUAGAUCUGUUCACGCAAGUUGUGGCGGCGUAUCCUACAGAGUAUGCAUGGCAAUAUGGACUCGGUCUGACUUUACUCUGACAGACUCACUUUUUUAAUUCACAGGCAGAGGGCAGAUUUAAUACGGAACAAAACGAGAAGACAACAAUACAUGCUGCUGAGCUGUUACUAACUGUUGCUACUGAAUCAGAUGAUCCCGUUUUACGUGCGAAUGCAUUUGCCAGAUUAGGAAAAGCAAUGUACAAUAUUUCGAAAAUAAAAUAUACUAACGUGCCUGAUAGGAUUAUGCGUUUAACGCCUAAAGAAUAUUUUGAAAGAGCAGUAGAAUUAUGUCCAGAGGAACCAUCGGUGUUGGAAAUUUGUGGUCAAUUCGCACGCUACAGGGGGGAACUAGAUACAUCGGAAAAACUCCUACGGAAUGCACUUAAAAUCAAGCCAACGUGUCAUGCGUAUCACCAUCUUGCUCUGACAUUAAAGGGGCAAGUAGAAAGUAGGUCAUAUAAAGGACAGUUUGUAAACACAACUAAGGAAGACCGUUUAGAAAAAGAAAUCAGCCAGGGGUCUAGAGAUCGGUCCAGAGGAAGUUAUCAGAGAGGUCAGGAAAGAAAUCAACAGACGUGUGACCGUCGUACAGUCGUGUACAGUCGUUCGGAUGACCAUAGCAAAGGCGCCUAUAACUGUAGUUUGGAUGUUGAUUGCAACAAACGAGGAGGGAUGUACAACCCAGGUCAAGAAAGAAGGUUUACGGGAGUGAAGAGUCGACGUGGAGGUUCACACAAACACGGAAACCAAAAUAAAAAUGGUCAACAAAAUAAGUCAUCUAGACCAUGCACGCCUAACCAGUCAGAAGGGAAAAGACUUCGUCGAAUGAUAAAGUCACCGUUAACAGUUUCAUUUUACCCUGAAAACGACUUACUUGUUGAAGCAAUACAACUACUAGAGAAAACAGAAGAACUGACGACUGAAUAUGGUCUUGGAAUAGAGUACGACAAGGGAAUCAUAUAUAGAAUGCUAGGCCAGAUUGAAAAAGCUGUGAAAGUUUUCAAACAAAUAGUUUCAAAAAAAAAGUAUCUUCCAACCAAAUCACUGAUGACAAAUGUUUAUGAACAGCUCGGACUUUGUCUUCUGGAAUUGAGCAAAUCCGAAGAAGUAUCUCCAGACAUGCAGCAGAAAUACAAGAGAGAUGGUCAAGCCCAUCUCCAACAUGCUGUCCAAAUUCAAUCAGAAAUAGUAGCAAACGAUCCACAGUUUAAAGCGGCUUGGAACUCCUAUCCAACACUCAAAGAACUUUUGAGCGAUAAAAGUGUCGGGAAGCCAAAACAAUUGGCAGUUCUGCAUAUGCUGAUGGGGGACCAUAAAGAUUCAAUUUCCAUAUACCAGAAAUUAUUUCGGAAGGAGGAAGCUGAAAUGAACCAAGAAGAUUUUAUUAACUUGCUUGAAUGCUAUAAGAGAGAUGGACAGUUUGAAAAAUGUGUUGCUGUUUUAAAAUCUCUGGAGUGUACAACCAUUUUUGUGGGUCUUCCUCCGUCUUUGAUCUUUGAUGUGUAUAUAGAUUGCGCGUUUCACGCUUACACAACAGAUACCGCACAACUUGCGUAUCAACACUUUAGACGCGCCUUCAAAGUGUACAGUAUGUUUGACAAGAUCUAUGAAGACCAAACCAACGUUGACGAAGAUGCUGACACAAAAGACAUACUAAUAUUACACACUUGUUCCCAUGACUGGAAAUGCAAACUUCCCAGAAAUCUAGGAACCAUUCUAGAAGAUGUUACAGGAUUACGAUACACAAUCAACUCAGACGACGUGCUGCCAAAUGAAUUACUAUUGACAUCAACGGCUUCUAUAAUACAGAAAAUCCCAUUUAUCAUAAUCAUGACCCACGAGAGUGCGGACUCGUAUCACCCACUAUUUGUCGAUCAAGCUAUCAAGAGGAGUUCCGAACAAAGUGGCCCCCAAGUGUUGGUCGUGACGGACGACGAGUGCAACAUGCCAGAUAUUGCUAGAACAAAGCCGUUUAUCCGGAUGCCUCCUCUAUUAGAGGGCGCUAUGGAACCAACCGAACAGAUACCAGAGGAGCAUCAAGAAUGGGUGAAAGAGUUCAUCACUCUUCUGAAACCAAAAUAACUUAUGUGUCUCCAUAUUGCUUUAACUGCCGCUAUAUUCGCUUGAGUAUCCCCGUAUCCCUGUUUUCCGGCAUGACUAUAUAAACUUUUGUUAAAUCAUGUCUGAAAAGAAAUUCAUACAUUGCGGAACUUCAUAUAACAAAUCAUAUAAAGGAGUAAUUAACAAAACAUAAUCAACAACAGUGUUCCGAGUUUGAAAAUACAGCCAGCAGAAGCUAAAAUUGUAUUCGAAUCCUAGACUUCAGAUUGUUAUACUGUCCCUCUAACCAAACUAGCUACCUUCUCAACGAAAGUGUUCUGAUCCAACUGUGCUACAGUUAUAGCCGACGCGAAAUUACAGUGGUCACUGUACAUACGAAAACCCCACAGUGUAUUGACACAUGUGUCCUUUACAUAGAAGUGUACACGCUUUAAUUCAGUGAAUGAAACCAAUGAGUGUUACAAAUUUACUCGAGCAAACAACUAAGUCAACAACUGAGGAAACAACUGAUCAGUUUAGCAUCAGCAGUUAUAACAACAAUGUACACUUCUGCCUAAGUUCAAAACAUCGCUGAACAAGUUUGGGUUCAGUCAUUAUUUUAUCACUGUACAGUACCGCCGAGCACUCGUUACACCAGCUAAUUGUUUGAAGUUACUGAAGAAUAUGUUCGAUAAAAAUUCUUAUGUAUUCCAAGCCCAUCAAAUUACCAACAAUGAAUAUAAUGAGCGUUGCCUAUGAAAAAUAUUCCAUUUAAAGAAAAGUUUCUACAAUAUAUUUAUAAAGGAACCUGUUCUCUAAAAAGUCAUAUCAAUGUAGAAUAUUGUACAUAAACAACCAUUCAAUACAGUAUGUUUUAUAUAUAAAAAAGUUUUCUACAUUUGUAUAUUAAUUUUUUAGAUUUUUUUAGACAAUUAACGUUUUAUAGUUAUUUUUCUUGAUUGUUGACUUAAGUGUUACUGACGUCAGUGCUCUGUUUAUGUACUUUUAAGUGUCACUGAUGUCAAUGUUCUAUUAAUUUACGGUAAAGUGUCACUAAUGUCAAUAUUUUAUUAAUUGGCUGUUAAGUGUCACUGAUGUCAAUGUUCUAUUAAUUGACCGUAAAGUGUCACUGAUGUCAAUGUUCUAUCAAUUGACCGUAAAGUGUCACUAAUGUCAAUACUUUAUUAAUUUGCUGUUAAGUGUCACUGAUGUCAAAUCUUCUAUUAAUUGGUUGUUAAGUGUCACUGAUGUCAAUAUUCUAUUAAUUGACCGUAAGUGUCACUGAUGUCAAUGUUCUAUUUAUUGACCUUUAAGUGUUAAUGAUGUCAACGGAUUGUUAAUUGACUUUAAGUGUCAGUCAUGUCAAUGGUGUAUUACUUGACUAUACGUGUCAAUAAUGCCAAUGGUUUGCCUUUUGCUGUUGUCACUGAUGUAAAUUAUUUGUUAAUUGACCAUUACGUGUCAAUGAUGUCAUUGGUCUAUUAAUUGCCAAUGAUGUGAAGUUUAUGUUAAUUAACCGUUAGUUGUCACUGAUGAAAAUUGUCUGUUAAUUGAAUUUUGUCACUGAUGUGAAUGUUUUUUUUUUAAUUUUUAACUUUAGUGUCACUGAUAUCAACGUUGUGUUAAUUGUCGGUAAAGGGUCACUGAUUUCAAUGUUUUUAGAUUGACCUUAAAGUGUCACUGAUGUUGAUGUUUUGUUAUUUGACUGUUGAAGGUUGCACAUUAACUAUUUCUAUUAUUGUACUGUAAGUGACAUAAAUUUGAAUAUUUUGCUCAUAGAUUAACCAUUUAUCCAUUAAUAACUUUGUAACUUGUAUUUAAUAUUCCAGGCACGAAUUAUGCAUUGAUAUGACAUAUUCAACGUGACACUUACCUGUCUGGAAAUAGUCUAUUACUAAAAACAAUAAAUAUAUCUAUAGUAGUGAUAUCAUAUUUUGUCAAAAGUCCUUUUUUUACACCAAAGUUACCAUGAAUUUUUAUUUGGAUACAAAGCAAGUAUUUGUUCCAUAUAUUUUAUAAUUGAUGUCCAGACAGACAUUUUCGCUCGGUAAGUGUUUCUUUGCCUAUUUGUUAUAACACAGAUAAUCAUGUCUUUGAUAA